AGAGACCCGCGUCGUGGUAGAGCGCCGCGUCGCGCGCCAGUGACGGCAUGCAAGCGCCAUUCGCUCAGUGGUUUCCCCGCCCAUCCGGCCCUGUUCUCUCUUUCCGGACCUGGCCGAACUGAAGGCGCCAUCAUGGGAGUCGAUAUCCGCCACAACAAAGACCGGAAGGUGCGGCGCAAAGAGCCCAAGAGUCAGGACAUCUACCUGAGGCUGCUGGUCAAGCUGUACCGGUUUCUGGCCAGACGCACCAACUCCACGUUCAAUCAGGUUGUGCUGAAGAGACUGUUCAUGAGCCGAACCAACCGGCCACCUCUGUCCCUGUCCCGUAUGAUCCGCAAGAUGAAGCUUCCUGGUCGGGAAGGCAAGACAGCUGUGGUGGUGGGAACAAUCACAGAUGAUGUGCGCAUUCAGGAGGUGCCCAAACUGAAGGUGUGUGCCCUGCGUGUGACUGGCCGCGCCCGAACUCGAAUCCUCAAGGCUGGAGGCAAAAUCCUAACCUUUGACCAGUUAGCCCUGGACUCCCCCAAAGGCUGUGGAACUGUCCUGCUCUCCGGACCCCGCAAAGGCCGGGAAGUGUAUAGGCAUUUUGGCAAGGCUCCCGGGACCCCACACAGCCACACUAAACCCUAUGUGCGUUCCAAGGGCCGCAAGUUCGAGCGUGCCAGAGGCAGAAGGGCCAGCCGCGGCUAUAAGAAUUGACCUGACUCUGCUUUACUAUUAAAAGAUUUUGGUUGCUGA